UUUUUGAGGAGAAUGGCGCGAGAAUGUACACCGGCAUCCAGACCGUAUUGAAGGACAUGUCAUGGCGCCCUCGUCGCCAUGUGUCCACCAUCCUCACGGAGUACGGAAAACCUGACAUCGUGCGCUUCCUCUCCCUACUUGCGAACGGGAAGGGCAACCUCAUCGUGAAGAGACCCUGCUCGAAGACGUGCACUUCGACGUUGCCAACCUCGGGCCUAUUCGUCGACGAAUUGUCGCGUCGCAUGAAGUGAUGGCUGAGUGUUGUGAGCACUCAUUCCUUCUUCAUGAAGUUGAACUUCCGCGCGGGGUCGCGAAUUCGUUGGGAAUACUCUUGGGCGUGGCGCUUUGUGUGGCGGUUGGGCAUGUCCCAGCCGUAUAUUGCCUAUGGUCAGCGUAUUCGUCAGAUUUUAGCCCAAUAUCGCCAUACGGUGGUUUACUACUAUUAUGUGUCUUUAUGUAAAUCUAACCAACCGGCUGGCACGUGCGUAAGUUCGAACGGAUUGUAGGUGGUGAUAUUUCGUCCGGCAGGGGAGAGGGCGCAACCGAGUAUUGCGUGUGGAUGGCAAAGAACAUCAUUCGUGGAGCAAAUAUGUUGCAAAGAUUGCCGGCGUGAGCGGGAUGGAGAGGAUGACAAUUGCUUGAGUGCUGUUUUUGAGAAGACAGGGAAGCGUUGUUUGUCUGUGAUGUGCAUCGUGUGUCCGGACCUCUUCGUAGUUUUUAUCAUGUCGUGUUUUGCUAGGCAGUCGUGUAUCAAAGCGGGCAGACCGCGCCACCACUGAACCUCUUUUUUUGGCGGAGGCUUAUUUCUUGUUUUGUCUACGGGGUACCACCAUAGCGACUAUAUAGGUUAAAAUGUAGAUAUCUUGCUUGCCUUGAAAGCCAAAAUCUCAGAUGUUGUUUUUUUUUAGGCUCAAGUUCUUCAAGUGGCGGCGCGUUCUGUAUUUCGCACGGUUUUGCCACGAGACGAUGAACGAACAUGAACGCAAAGAAAAGAGUCCCGCGAUCGCGAUGGUAAGUGAAAAAAAAUGGUGUACCAGUACAGACACCAUACUAAAAUCGCGGCCGCAGAUUGCUUGCAAGGUGCGAUUCGGGCCACCCUGGCAGGGUGGACCCUGUCCAGGGUGUUCAGCAUAGACCUUGCAGCCGGUUCACCUUUCUGCCGUUCACCGGGUGGGGUACCCUGGCAGGGUGGGUUUUUGGCCACCCUGCCAGGGCGGC